AUGGCAAUGAAUUAUAAGAUAGCAGUAUUUCUAAGCUUGAUUGUUGUUUCACUGGGCAUGCGUGUAAAGAGAAGGGAGGGAGACCAAUCGCCUCCAGGGCAAUGCGCUACCUACAAAUGGGGUGGUACUAGCGGUGUACACUGGUAUGCCUGCUGCAAUAACUGUAACCGAAGCGACACGAGUUGUGAUGGCAAAACAUAUCAGAGCGCAUCAGAUACCAAAUAUUGUGCAAAUUGUGGAAUAGACACAAAAAAGGGCAACGGAAAGAGUGGUGCAACAUACUCCUGUGGUGGAUGUCAGGGUCAAGAACGUAGCCGUAAAAAGUGUUUGUCAAAUCUUCGGAUGCUUUAUAAAAUUCCUGGACUGUGUUGGGCAUUUGCUAAAUGUUUCCAAAAAAAAUGCAAAUCACAACCCACAGAAUCAACGCCGGCGCCGGACAUGUGUUUCAACUUGAGAUGCGAUCCUGGAGAAGAUGUUAACAAUUGUCCAGCUGAUUGUUGCGGAAAUGAAAACGAAAAAUGUAAAUGGAGUCAAUCAAACACAUGUGUACCUAAAUGUUGUAGUGAGUCUACAUGCUGUAAUGAUUCCAGUCGAAGUGGUGGACUUUACUCGUUGAAGAUACAUUAUGUCAGCAUUUUAAGCAUAAUGAUGUCAGUUGUUAGUACACGAUUUAAUGUUUAA